AUGAUACCAAAUAUUGCACUUAAACGUAAAUCACCGUUAGAUAACAGUAACGUACCAAUAGCAACAACUGCCAAUCAUAAUUCAAUAUCAACGUUAACAAAGAAAUUUCGUGGUACUAAUUAUGAUGAAAAAGUCAAUCAGAAUGAACGUCGAAUGUCUUUGUUAUCAUCAACAACUCACAAAACUAAACCAGAACCGAAAAAGAUGACAAUCCUAAACGGUGAACAAAAUCAUACAUCAUAUAAGCGAUUAGACGAAGAUGAAAUGACACCAGUCGUGCUUGCUGAAUAUCGUCGUCUUCAACACGAACUACAAUGUCAAGAGGCAUUGCUUGUUCUUAUGCAAAAAUUAAAAACAAAUCAAAGACUUGUAUCACAAACAAAUAAUAACACUACUAAUAACUCUCUUAAACAACGAACGACGACAGGAACACCAACGCCAACAACAGCAACAAAACUAAGCCAACAAUCAUCAGUGAUCGAUGGUAAAAAUCCAAUAUUAGCCACAAAACAGCAUCAACAAAAUAAUGCGAAUAGACCAAUACCAACAAAACCACCACAUCCAAAUCAAUAUACUGUUAAUCGUUCAAAUAAUAAUAGUAGCCAAAUAGCACAACAACAAUCAUCGAAAAACUCUCAAUCAAUCCCUCAGGCUAUUCGUCAAUCUAAUAAUACUAAUAGCAGCAGUAUACCACCAGCAACAGCUACACGAAUAUCAUCGUCAGUACCGAACGCGGCAACAAAACAUUCGUCAAAUACAUCAACUACAAACAAUACAUCAAAAAGUAAUGGUGUCGCUGCUGAACAACAUUUAUUAAAUGCUAAAUUAGCAUUACGUAAACAAUUAGAACAAACCUUAUUACAAAUUCCAACACCUAAACCGUCCACAUGUGAUUUAACAUUCAUUCCUGGCGUUAAUGGUUGGUCUGAAUUUUUAGCUUUUCUCGGUCUUGAACAAGCGAUGAAUACAUACAGCGAUAUUGCUAAUCGCCGUUCACACGAAAUUUCAAUGAAUUUGCCACAUGUAUGUGUUCAAUGCGGCACUGAUUGGUCGGUGACAUGGCAUGAAAUGUCAUCAAAUAGUGAUACGAAUUCUGAUGAUAAAAUUCUUUGUGAUCGUUGUACAAAAACAUCACAGAAAAAGUUACUUAAACAAGAUCAUUCGAAUCGCUUACGUCAGGCAUUUAUUAAAGCUUUACAACAAGAAAAAGAACUUGAUGCUAAAUUUCAACAACAAUCAACAUUAACAACAACAACACCAACAAGUACAGUUAAACAAUCAUCAUCUACUCAACCGCCACCACAACAACAACAACAGCAACAACAACAACAACAACAACAACACCAAAGUAAACAUAUGCAUCAAACAAAUAAACAUUCGAAUAAACCACUAUCAACAAAAACAAGUUCAAAUCAUCAUCAUCAUCACCAUAAUAAUAAUAAUAGUACAAAUAAUAAUAAUAAUAAUAAUAAUCAUCAUUCUCAUCAUCAUCAUUCAGGAAAGAGUAGUAGUUCAUCGAAGCAUCACAAUACAAAUUCCUCAGCAAUGUCAGCAUUAACUCCAUCAUCAGCUGAAACUCUAGCAUCAACAUUAGCUGCUUUACAAACUAAUGAACAAAUGGAAUUCUUUCAAAAACAUUUUCUAUCAAAUAUGCUUCCAUUUGCUGUUGCUAAUCAAGCAGCUGCAGCACUUGCAGCAAAAUCAAGUCAACAGCAGCAACAACAACAGGCAGCAUUAGCUGCAUUACCAGCUAUGGCCGCAUCACUUAUGCGUCAACCUAAUCCAGCUCAAUAUUUACUUGAUAUGAUACCCCAAGCAGCUAAACAGCAACAUCAUCAUUCGAAAUGA